UUUUAUGGAUGACGUCAUCUACAGCCACGCACUGCAAACGAAGACGAAGAAACGAAACGAGAAUACCUACCAAACCUGAAAAUCGCCUAACACCCGAGAAAAAUCUCAAAUCAAUUUUAAGCAAAGAACAGUAAAUGGUUCUCGUGCAAAGCGCAGAUGAUAAUUUGAAAUCUAUGUCUUUCUACUUGAAUUCGUGGGGUUCAAUUGCCGGCGGACAAUCAAAUGUUACGGAUGCUUCGGGACGAUAAAACGCGUGUUUAAUAAGAGAAAAUCCGGGGAUUUCUUCUGCACCGAUUCAUUAAUGCCAGGGGUUUUGUCAACACAAUUUUACUAGUAGUAAUGCGGAGGAUUUUACCAUUAAAGCCUGCCUCAAGCAAUUCUCAAGUGCCAAACUCAAGUUCUGAGUCUGUCCAGAGAGAUAAAGGGAAACCUAAACAAAAAUCUUCAGGAUGUGGCAAGGAUGAAUCCGGCGUGGUGGAUUGUCAUGGAAAGGAUAACCUGAAAGGGUUGAAGGAGAAUUCAUUGGGAGCAAAGUUAAGGCGUGAGCAUUUAUCCCCUGUAAGAAGACCUUUCCCAAGUGGAGAGGAGAAUCUUCCCUUCAUCAGAGAUAGCAAGCCAAAGGUGAAUGCAAAACACGUCAGGGAACACAUCACUCUUCAGAAAGGUAGUCGACUUUCGACGUCCGGAUCAUCCAUUUUUUCCACUGCCUCUUCAUCUCAGAGAAAUUUUAAGUCUCCCUGUGAUGUUAGAAGUUCUUUCACAGGGGAUGGCUACAAUUUUCUGCAUGGCAUUCAAUCUGCAUCCUGUGGAGUUGCAUCUGAUAGUCAUGUUGAAGGAGGGGCCAAGAAACCUGUUAAAAAAAACAGUAAAAUACUAUGGACAAAGAGAUCUGCUAGCACACCGAAGGAUCACCCUGACGAAACCAAUAAAGCAGAGAUUCAAAUUUCUCCAAAGAGCAACACCCCCCAAGUCCCAAAGGCUCCCAAGAGGCUCUUCGGUUCUUUUCUAGCCAAGGAUUUGAAUAUUUGUACAAAUAGAGACAAGGAUAAAUCCACUCUAGGUGAGCCACAAGAAAAUUCCCGGGAUGGGGAUGAACCUAAUAGAAGUUCAGAUCAUUCAUCUCUUAUUAUUAUUUCAGAAGAGGUUCCUGUGGAAGCCGAUAAUACUAGAGGUCUUGUAAGGACUCCAUCUGUCAGAAGCUUAACAGAUUCCAAUGAACCUUUCUCAAAGUUAACUGGGAAUACUUCUCCAAAGCAGUCAGGGUUGGCUAUAUUGAGAGGCACAUUCUCAUCUGCUGGAGAAUCUGUUGCCGAUAAGCUUUCUUUUAGGUGUCAAAGUGACCAAGCAGCUGCUAAGAACUUGGCAAGAACAUUACCAGAAAACUGUAAAUCUCAUCUAGCCAACACAAAUUGCCUUGAGAUGAAGAAGCCUUUUGAUUGGCAAACUAUUACUGAGGACGAAGACAGAGUUCGAGUUGCCACUGAGGUUUCUGUGUCAGCGACCUUGUUUCUGAACACACAUAGUUCUUUCAGUGAAGAAGAAUCUUCCUCGUUCAAUUUUUUAGAGCAUUCUCCUAUAGGAAGGCAGUCCUUUAGUUCAGAGAACCAUUGGACUCCUGGCAACAGUAUAACUGGAACUUCUGACACUUCUUCUCAAAGAGGAAGAUUUGAAAGAUCAUUGGCUAAUUUGAGUUCGAAUAAGGAGGAUACUGGUAGGUUUAGAAUGUGGUGUGAAGUCUUUCAUAAAUUUGAAGAUGACGAUGAUAAUUUGAAAAAAAGAGCGAGGGAAGCAGAGGAGCAAGCUCAGUUGCUGUCGAAGGAGAUGGAAUUAAUGAAAUCAUAUAGAAGUGGUCCAACCCAAAAAGGAGCUCUUAAGAAGGCAGAAGUGAAUGUGGACCUGAAGCAAAAACUUAAAAACUUAUGUGAGGAGAAAAUGAAUUUACUUCUUGAGGUUGCUUCUCAAAUAAGGAGUAGGUUGUCAGAUAGAGCUGCUGCAAAUGAAGCUUUCAAGUUGCUAAGCGGGGAAAUAAAAAGUUAUGUGAAAAUGGCAGAGAAAGAGAAAUGUGCAGUGAAGUUGAGUUUGGAAAAUGAGCUGGACAGACAGUCUAGGGAGUGGGGAGCUACACUAGAGAAAAUCAAAUUGAAUGAAAAGAAAAUGAGGGACAGACUUCGAGAUCUUGCAGAGCAGAAUGUUGAAUUGCAGAGGGAAAUUUCAUAUUUGAGUAACAAGGAAAGUGAAUUAAAGAGUCGGUUGAGAGAAUCUGAAGUACACACUGAUGACUUCAAAACAAGAUUAAAGGAUGCAGAAAAUGAAAUUUUAAUGCUAAGAAAAUCUUUGGAAAAGUCACACAACCAAACAAGAGAAGCAGAGGAUGAUCAACACUUAAUCCGUAGAAGUUAUGAUCUGAAAGAAAAGGAAAAUUAUGCUUUGCAGAAAUCAAUUAUAAGACUGCAAAGAUUGUGCAAGGAUCAGGAAAGAACUAUAACUGGGCUAUGCAAGGGGCUAAAUGAUGAAAUUGAUGAUAUACCACAGGAAAAGAAUGAUCACAUCACAAAGCUACAAGAUGAACUGUUAAGAGUGACUGGCGAAGAGAAGGUUCUUUGCAAGGAUUUGAGGAACUGCAGAUCUGAAACAGAUGCUCUGGGACCCGAAAAUGUGUGCAUCAUAGGGAUACAGAAAAGCAAGGAGGAGGAUAAUGGAUGUGAUUUAAUCAAGGUAGAUGAAGAGCUCCGGGCUCGCCUUGAUGAGCUGCAGUCACAGGCUUUAUCACUACUAGAUGAAAAUAGUACAAUUUGUGCUAAGCUAUUAGGAGUUAUAAAAUACAAUAUUUACUACAGCGGUGGGCUUGGAACUAAUGAAGCAGAAGAAGCAAUGGGUGUGUUGAGCAUGGAACAGGAGAGAAAUAUUGUAGUUGAACAUGAAAUGAAUUUGCAAAGAUUGAAAAGGAAAGCCGAAACCUUGAGAAAAAGUGUUCAUAUGGUAAAGGGAAUUUUAAGAGAGAAAACCAUUAUUAGUUGCAACCAUACACUUGGUCAAGACAUGGACAAGUCAGAUAUGUUGCAGUCAGAGAAUUGUUCUUCAGAGGCCAAGGAGCAUAUCAAUGAACUGCAACACGAACUUAAGGCUGAAACUAUAAUCUCUCGCAUUCUACGGGAAAAAAUGUGUUCAAGAGAAUUUGAAGUCGAACAGCUCCAGGAAGAUGUUGCAAAAUUGAAAGAGAGCCGGAAGAUUUUAGAGGCCGAAAUCAGCAGGCUGCAGGAUCUUUUGAGUACUGCAAGACACAAGACAAGAGACUUGGAAUAUCAGCUUGAAGUAGAGGAGGAGAGAAACAGGUUUUUAGAGGCUGGCUUCCAAAGAAAUAUACAAGAACAAGCAGUCCUAAGGGAGGAACUAACCAAUGUUUCAAAAGAGAGGGACGCAGUGCAGCAACAAACUGAGAGGAUGGGUUGGGAGGUCAUGAGAUUGAAUGCAGAAAGAGAGGCAUUUCAAAGGAAACUAGAAAAACUAGAUGAGGAAUUGAUGCUUAAGGAUGGACAAAUUUCAAUCUUAAGAACAAGCCUCGAUGACUGUAAUUUGUCGGUUAAGUCUUGAAGGCAGAUCAGGACUUCUAUUCACAAGAGUUUCCACUAGACUAAAAAUUAUUUUUUUGGAGAGCUUCGCAAGUUUUGCAUUUGCUUACAGAAUUUUUUCCAGAAACUUCGAAAUUCAACCAUUCUAUUGGUAGCCAAUUUUUUGGAUAAUCAGAUAAUUCUAACCCAUUAUUUCUGGGUAGGUUAUUAGCUCUUGCAUUGUAUUGUAACAUUGCACUCAUCAAUCUGCAUUCAGAGGAGUGAAUUUGCUGACAUAUGGUACCAGUACAAGAAAACUAAGAUUCAGCUUCGAGUGGAUAUUGAAGAUGCUGCAUCUGGCAUUUUUGUCAUGAAAAGGUUCAUUUAUUCA